AUGGCGUCUCUGAAUGAACAACUCACUACGCUGGUCGAUAAGUACACGGCUUGCGAUGUAUCAGACGCUCUUUUAAAGCUACAGAAAGUGCCCGAAGGCAGUGCACCACGAGCCGGCUACCUAGCUGAUUUGACCCCCUUCUCCCCGAUAAUCGGCAGAAACGAAAACGCGCAAAAAGUAGCAGCACCUGCAACGACAUUCAAGUUUCUUUCAAAGAACGCCAGCCCGCCUUCAAUUGCAACGGAGAGCCCCGAAAAACACGGGUUCCCGCCGGGCAAGCACUGGGUGGACUAUGUUGGCGACUUUGCCGCGGAAGAACCAUCCAACGCGGGCUCAAUUAUUGUGAUUGAGCAGCCGGAUGAUCAGUACUGUGCCGUGACAGGUGGGAUUAUGGCGACUCGCAUGAAAUUUCUCGGUAUCAAGGCUGCUGUUGUGGGUGGCCGAGUGCGCGAUUUGAGGGAAUUGCAGGCGACGGAACUCCCGAUUUGGGCUCGCGGUACUUCGACUGUUGGUACUGGUGCCGAGGCCAAAGCGGGUGUACGGAAUGUUCCUAUUUCUAUUGGAGGGGUGACUGUUGAUGCAGGAGACAUUGUUUUCUGCGAUCCCAUGGAAGGAGUGGUCGUCAUCCCUCGUGACUUGCUCGGCCCUGUCCUCGAACUCAUGCCUAAGUUGAUCAGUAUGGAUGAACAGGCGAAGGAAGCUGUGGCGCAGGGAAUGACUGUCACUGAUGCCUUUAAGAAGUUCCGUUAA